AUGCGAUUAAACAGAGUCAUUUCUGCUGUACACCUCAGUCUGAUUGUUCACCUCUGUAUUGCCAGUGGAGCGAAGCCUGUAUCCAUGUAUAUUAAAAUGGAGUCAACCAGUGUAAAUUAUGUCUAUGUGAAUUUCUACAACGAUAUGUUUCAAAGACUGUAUAACUGCAUAACAGACCUCCACACUACACAAUGUACAGUUCAUUUACAGUUUCAUGAAAAAGGCUCACCGUAUCCAGCACUGAACAACUAUAAUGUGACAAAAGUAACAUCGGAUGGGAUAAUGUCUAUAGCUCAAGGCUAUUUUAUUUGCCACAAUAAUCUGUCCACAACUUCCCUCCAAUGUAGCAGAAAGAGAGGACAAUGUGGUGGAAAUUGUACUUCUUUUCGUCUUAGUAACGCCUCCGUGUGUAAAUGUGGGUAUUUAAUGUGGAAGUAUCAAAACGAAACUCUUUUAUUUAAUAACAAGACUGACAGUAUCGAAUAUUGUGAUAAGGAUUGUGCUGAAACUACAACUGUCUACAGUACAGAACAAAGUUCAUAUCUAAGUGUGGCAUUACCAUCAGAACAGUCUCCGGAUGCUACGACCAGCGCUUCAAACGCUACAAACAUCGCUAGCUCUGGCGGAGACAAAUCAUCUAAUACUGUCCCAGUCAUCAUUGGAGUU